AGAAAGCUGGAGGGAGAGACGCGGGCAGAGGCUGCAGUCGUCCCUCGGUCUGGAUCGCAACGAAAUCCUUAAAGGGCCCGCACCCACCGUCGUGAGGAGGAGGAGGAGGAGGAGGAGACGGCGAGUGGCCGCGGCGGUGCGCGAGGCGCUUCCGGAGAAGGAGAAAGUCUCUGGGCUGCGUCGGAGCCCCCCGCCCACCAGCUCACCUGGAAGCAGGAGGGAAGGAGCAUCAGCACCAUCCAGUACCAUUGCUAAACGGAGAAUUUCUCCCAGUGUCAGUUCUAUCAGGGAAAAGAGAAGCGUCAUCAUGUCUAAUAUUACCAUUGAUCCAGAUGUCAAACCUGGUGAAUAUGUCAUCAAGAGCCUCUUUGCUGAGUUUGCUGUUCAAGCUGAAAAGAAAAUUGAAGUUGUAAUGGCUGAACCUUUGGAAAAACUCUUGUCCAGAUCUCUUCAGAGAGGUGAAGAUCUUCAAUUUGACCAGUUGAUAAGCUCCAUGAGCUCAGUAGCAGAGCACUGUCUCCCCUCCUUACUACGCACCUUGUUUGACUGGUACAAGCGCCAAAAUGGAACUGAAGACGAAUCCUACGAGUACAGGCCACGAUCCAGCACAAAAUCUAAAGGGGAUGAGCAGCAACGUGAGAGAGACUAUCUACUUGAAAGGAGGGACUUAGCUGUAGAUUUUAUUUUUUGUUUAGUCUUAGUAGAAGUUCUAAAACAGAUACCUGUUCAUCCAGUGCCAGAUCCUUUAGUUCAUGAAGUUCUAAAUUUGGCUUUUAAGCACUUUAAACACAAAGAAGGGUAUUCAGGAACCAAUACUGGGAAUGUGCAUGUUAUUGCAGAUUUAUAUGCAGAAGUAAUAGGAGUUCUUGCACAAUCAAAGUUUCAGGCUGUUAGAAAGAAGUUUGUCACAGAAUUAAAGGAAUUGAGACAAAAAGAACAGAGUCCUCAUGUGGUACAAAGUAUCAUCAGCUUGAUUAUGGGGAUGAAGUUUUUCAGAGUAAAAAUGUAUCCUGUGGAGGAUUUUGAAGCAUCAUUUCAGUUCAUGCAGGAAUGUGCGCAGUAUUUCUUGGAAGUAAAAGAUAAAGACAUCAAGCACUCGCUUGCUGGGUUGUUUGUGGAAAUUCUUAUCCCUGUUGCUGCUGCUGUGAAAAAUGAAGUUAACGUGCCAUGUUUGAAAAACUUUGUGGAGAUGCUUUACCAGACUACCUUUGAGCUGAGCUCAAGAAAGAAGCACUCAUUGGCUUUGUAUCCACUGAUCACUUGCUUGCUCUGCGUUAGCCAGAAGCAGUUUUUUUUAAAUAACUGGCAUAUCUUCCUGCAGAACUGUUUGUCUCAUUUAAAGAUGCCAUCUAACAACAGUAUCAGAAAACAAAUAGAAACUCUUCAGAAUAAAGAUCCCAAAAUGUCCCGAGUUGCACUGGAAUCACUAUACAGAUUAUUAUGGGUUUAUGUUAUUAGAAUAAAAUGUGAAAGCAACACUGUAACACAAAGCCGCCUCAUGAGCAUUGUAUCAGCACUUUUCCCAAAAGGCUCUCGCAGUGUUGUGCCUCGAGAUACGCCUCUGAACAUAUUUGUAAAGAUUAUUCAGUUCAUUGCUCAGGAACGCUUGGAUUUUGCAAUGAAAGAAAUAAUUUUUGACCUUUUGAGUGUUGGAAAAUCACCGAAGACCUUCACUAUUAAUCCAGAGAGAAUGAAUAUAGGUCUCAGAGUCUUCCUUGUGAUAGCGGACAGUUUACAGCAGAAGGAUGGCGAACCACCUAUGCCAACGACUGGAGUUGUACUUCCCUCAGGAAACACUCUUCGUGUAAAGAAAAUUUUCCUCAAUAAAACUCUGACAGAUGAAGAAGCAAAGGUUAUAGGAAUGUCAAUAUACUAUCCUCAAGUAAGAAAAGCACUAGACAGUAUCCUUCGGCAUCUGGACAAAGAGGUUGGCAGGCCGAUGUGCAUGACCAGUAUACAGAUGUCUAAUAAAGAACCUGAAGACAUGAUCACGGGUGAAAGAAAACCGAAAAUUGAUUUAUUUAGAACUUGCAUUGCUGCUAUUCCAAGGCUAAUUCCUGAUGGCAUGAGCAGAACUGACCUCAUUGAACUGCUUGCAAGGCUGACAAUUCAUAUGGAUGAAGAACUGCGUGCCCUGGCUUUCAACACUUUACAAGCAUUAAUGCUUGAUUUUCCAGAUUGGCGGGAAGAUGUGUUAUCGGGAUUUGUUUAUUUUAUCGUCCGUGAAGUGACUGACGUUCACCCAACACUUCUUGACAAUGCAGUAAAGAUGUUAGUGCAGCUAAUCAAUCAGUGGAAACAAGCUGUUCAAAUGCAAAAUAAGAACCAAGAAGUUCAGCGUGGUGUCGCCAAUGGAAAUGCUCCUACUCUUCCUCUGGAAAGAACCCCCUAUUCAAAUGUAUUCCAUGUGGUAGAAGGCUUUGCGUUGGUCAUUCUUUGUAGCACAAGACCUGCCACUAGAAGAUUAGCUGUCAGUUGUCUUAGAGAAAUAAGGGCCUUGUUCACAGUGUUAGACAUCUCGAAGGGUGAUGAUGAGUUGGCUAUAGAUGUAAUGGACAGGCUGAGUUCAUCUGUUCUUGAAAGUUUCAUACAUCUCACUGGUGCUGAUCAGACUAUGUUACUGUACUGUCCUAGUUCAAUAGACUUACAGACGCUAGCUGACUGGAGCUCCUCUCCUAUCAGCCAUCAGUUUGAUGUUGUCAGUCCGUCACAUAUAUGGAUAUUUGCACAUGUAACUCAGGGCCAAGACCCCUGGAUUAUUAGCCUUUCCAGUUUUAUGAAACAGGAAUAUCUUCCAAAGCACUGCCCUACAGCUGUGAGCUAUGCUUGGAUGUUUGCUUAUAUCAGACUCCAACUAUUGUCUCCACAAGUUGACAUAAACAGCCCUAUCAAUGCCAAGAAAGUAAAUACUGCUAUAAGCAGUGAUUCUUAUAUUGGGCUUUGGAGAAACUACCUAAUUCUUUGCUGCAGUGCAGCAACUUCCACAUCCUCUUCUGCAUCUGCAGGUUCUGUGAGAUGUUCCCCUCCUGAGACGCUGGCGUCUACUCCAGAUAGUGGCUACAGCUUUGAUUCAAGAAUAAUUGGCAUUCCGUCCCCUUCAUCCUUGUUUAAGCACAUUGUUCCAAUGAUGCGCUCAGAGAGCAUGGAAAUUACAGAAUCUCUUGUGCUGGGCCUUGGCAGGACUAGCCCAGGUGCUUUCAGGGAGUUAAUAGAAGAGCUGCAUCCAAUAAUUAAAGAAGCACUUGAAAGAAGGCCAGAGAAUAUGAAACGGCGCAGGCGUCGAGAUAUUUUACGCGUACAGCUAGUACGAAUAUUUGAACUGUUGGCUGAUGCUGGUGUCAUUAGUCACAGUGCGAGUGGCGGCCUUGAUAAUGAAGCACAUUCUCUUAACAACACUUUGUUGGAGUAUGUGGAUCUAACCAGGCAACUCCUAGAAGCAGAAAACGAAAAGGACUCUGACACAUUGAAAGAUAUCCGAUGCCAUUUUAGUGCCUUAGUGGCGAAUAUCAUUCAGAAUGUUCCAGUGCACCAGAGAAGAAGCGUCUUCCCACAGCAGAGCCUACGUCACAGUCUCUUCAUGUUGUUCAGUCACUGGGCGGGACCAUUCAGCAUCAUGUUUACUCCCCUUGAUAGAUACAGUGAUAGGAACAUGCAGAUAAACAGACACCAGUACUGUGCAUUAAAGGCUAUGUCCGCUGUCCUGUGUUGUGGUCCCGUUGCAGAUAAUGUAGGUCUUUCAUCAGAUGGCUAUUUGUACAAAUGGUUGGACAAUAUUUUGGAUUCCCAGGAUAAGAAGGUUCAUCAGCUGGGCUGUGAGGCUGUUAUGCUUCUGUUGGAGCUGAACCCCGACCAGAGUAACCUCAUGUAUUGGGCGGUUGAUCGUUGUUAUACUGGCUCAAAGCGAGUAGCAGCCGGAUGUUUUAAAGCCAUAGCCAGUGUGUUCCAAAACAGGGAUUACCAGUGUGAUACAGUUACUCUCCUCAAUCUCAUAUUAUUCAAAGCGGCAGAUUCCUCCAGGGCUAUCUAUGAAGUUGCUAUGCAACUCUUACAGAUUCUAGAACCGAAGAUGUUUCGCUAUGCUCACAAACUAGAAGUUCAGAGAACUGAUGGGAUAUUGAGUCAGCCUUCACCUUUGCCACAUCUGUAUUCUGUUUCCUAUUAUCAACUCUCUGAAGAAUUAGCAAGGACAUACCCAGAAUUAACUCUUGCAAUAUUUUCAGAAGUUAGCCAGAGAAUUCAGACAGCACACCCUUCUGGAAGGCAGGUGAUGCUACACUAUUUGCUACCCUGGAUGAAUAAUAUUGAACUGGUGGAUUUGAAACCUUUACCCACAAUUCGUCGGCAAGAUGAAGAUGAAGAGGAUCCCUUGAAAGACAGAGAGCUGAUGGUGAACAGCAGGCGCUGGCUGCGAGGAGAAGGUUGGGGAUCCCCACAGGCUACUGCUUUGGUUUUAAACAACCUCAUGUAUAUGACAGCAAAGUAUGGAGAUGAGGUGGCCUGGUCUGAGAUUGAGAAUGUUUGGAUUACUCUAGCAGACAGUUGGCCGAAGAAUCUGAAAAUAAUUCUGCACUUUUUGAUCAGCAUUUGUGGAGUGAAUAGUGAACCCAGCCUCUUGCCUUAUGUGAAGAAGGUGAUUGUUUACUUAGGCAGGGAUAAAACCAUGCAGCUUUUGGAAGAGUUGGUGAGCGAGUUGCAGCUCACUGAUCCAGUCAGUUCUGGAGUCACUCAUAUGGAUAACCCACCAUAUUAUCGCAUAACUUCCAGUUACAAAAUCCCUUCUGUCACCUCAGGUACUACCUCCAGUAGCAAUACAAUGGUGGCACCCACAGAUAGUAAUCCCGACAAUAAGCAUAUGAAAGAUAGUAUUGAAGAGAGCUAUGUACAUCUAGAUAUCUACAGUGGGCUGAACAGUAAUCUGAACCGCCAACACCACAGACUAGAAUCUCGCUAUAGCAGCAGCUCUGGAGGAUCAUAUGAAGAAGAGAAGAGUGACUCAAUGCCACUGUAUUCAAACUGGCGACUGAAAGUCUUGGAGCACAACGAAGGAGAGCCUUUACCUUUUCCGCCUUCCGGGGGCUGUUGGUCACCACUGGUGGAUUAUUUGCCUGAAACGUCCUCACCAGGCAUGUCUCUUCAUAGAUGCAAUAUAGCAGUGAUCCUGUUGACUGAUUUGAUCAUUGAUCACAGUGUGAAAGUUGACUGGGGAAGCUACCUGCACCUCUUGCUUCAUGCAGUUUUUAUAGGAUUUGACCAUCACCAUCCUGAAGUGUAUGAACACUGCAAACGCCUCCUAUUGCAUUUAUUGAUCGUGACGGGCUCCAAUAGUAACGUCCAGUCUGUGGCCUCUGUCCUUCUCAGGAAUAGGGAGUUUAAUGAACCCCGGGUGCUUACUGUCAAACAAGCAGCACAUUUGGAUUACAUCUUCACUGGUGUUAAUGACUUUAUACCGGAUCACCAGCCCUCCCCAAUGACUGACUCAGGGCUCAGUUCAAGUUCUACCUCUUCUAGCAUCAGCUUAGGAAAUACCAGUGCUGCCAUUUCUCAUAUGCACAGCACCAUCCUCAAUGAAGUUGACAUUUCAGGAGAGCAAGUUGAAAAAAUGAAAUCACUUAUGGAGUUUAUAACUUCAAGGAAACGAGGGCCAUUUUGGAACCAUGAAGAUGUUUCAGCGAAGAAUCCAAACAUAAAGAGUGCCGAGCAGCUAACUGUGUUUCUAAAGCAUGUUGUUUCUGUAUUUAAACAAUCGAGUUCAGUUGGGUUUCACCUGGAGCACCAUCUUAGUGAAGUUGCUCUGCAAACUGCGCUUUCUUGCUCUUCUCGACAUUACGCUGGGAGAUCCUUUCAGAUAUUCAGAGCGCUGAAGCAACCUCUUUCUGCCGCCACUCUUUCUGACAUUCUGUCUAGGCUUGUAGAAACUGUUGGAGAUGCAGGGGAAGAAGCUCAGGGUUUUGUCAUAGAACUACUUCUUACUCUGGAGUCAGCCAUUGAUACACUGGCAGACUCCAUGAAGCAUUAUGAUCUUCUCACCGCCCUUUCCCAUGCUUCAUACUACGAUCCAUUAAUGGGAAGCAAAUAUGCAGCUAACAGGAAAAGCACUGGACAGCUAAAUCUAAGCACAAGUCCCAUUAGCAGUGGAAACUUUUUAGGAUACUACAGUAACACCCGAAGCAGUUCUUUGAAACUGAGUUUAAUUGGCGAUCGGAGGAAUGACCGUCGGAGGAGCAACACACUGGAUAUAAUGGAUGUACGGAUAAAUCAUUCCAACAGCUUAGCAAGGACUAGAAGCCUUUCCUCCCUGCGAGAGGGAGGAAUGCACGAUGUGCAGCCUACUACUGAUCCCAUGAACCUGAUGGCUACCAUCUUUUGGAUCGCAGCGUCCUUGCUGGAAUCUGAUUAUGAGUAUGAAUACCUCCUGGCUCUCAGAUUGCUCAACAAACUUCUUGUUCAUUUGCCUCUGGAUAAAUCUGAAAGUAGGGAAAAGAUUGAAAAGAUGCAGAGUAAAUUAAAAUGGAAUAACUUCCCAGGCCUUCAGCAAUUAUUCCUGAAGGGUUUUACCUCAGUUUCUACACAGGAAAUGACAGUUCACUUACUCAGCAAACUCAUCACAGUCUCCAAGCAUACGUUGGUGGAUCCUUCCCAAUUAACAGGUUUUCCUCUUAAUAUCUUAUGCUUGUUGCCUCAUCUAAUACAACAUUUUGAUAACCCAACUCAGUUCUGCAAGGAAACAGCUGACAGAAUAGCAAAGGUUUGUGCAGAGGAGAAGUCGCCAACCCUUGCUAAUUUGGCUCAUAUGAUGAGUUUAUACAGCACACACAGCUAUUCCAGAGACUGCUCGAACUGGAUUAAUGUCGUGUGUAGAUAUUUGCAUGACUCCUUUUCAGAAGCAACUUUUAAUCUUGUAACGUACCUUGCUGAGCUGUUAGAGAAAGGGUUGUCCAGCAUGCAGCAAUCUUUACUGCAGAUCAUUUACAGCCUUUUGAGUCACAUUGACCUAUCUUCAACACCAGUGAAACAGUUCAAUCUAGAAAUUAUAAAGGUCAUUGGUAAAUAUGUUCAGAGCCCAUACUGGAAGGAAGCCCUUAAUAUUUUGAAACUGGUUGUCUCUCGAUCAGCAAGUCUUGUUGUACCUAAUGAUAUUCCCAAGUCCUAUGGUGGUGAUAUAAGCUCUCCUGAAAUAUCAUUCACAAAGAUUUUUAAUAAUGUUUCAAAAGAACUCCCUGGAAAAACCUUAGACUUUCAUUUUGACAUAUCAGAGACCCCAAUUAUUGGGAACAAAUAUGGUGAUCAGCACAGUGCAGCUGGCAGAAAUGGAAAGCCAAAAGUCAUUGCUGUUACAAGGAGUACUUCUUCAACAUCCUCAGGAUCCAAUUCCAAUGCCUUGGUGCCUGUCAGCUGGAAGAGGCCACAGUUGUCUCAGCGAAGAACCAGAGAAAAGUUAAUGAAUGUUCUUUCCUUGUGUGGUCCAGAAUCGGGUCUUCCUAAGAAUCCAUCUGUUGUGUUUUCUUCUAAUGAAGACUUAGAGGUUGGAGACCAGCAAAUUGCUCUUAUUUCAGCAACUGAAGAAGUAAUUCAAGAGGAAGAAGUAGCUGUGGAAGAUAAUACAAGUGAACAACAGUUCGGAGUUUUUAAAGACUUUGACUUUUUAGAUGUUGAGUUAGAAGAUGCAGAGGAGCUGCAGGGUGAAAGCAUGGACAACUUCAACUGGGGAGUCCGCAGGCGCUCCCUAGACAGUAUUGAUAAGGGGGACACACCAUCCCUGCAGGAAUACCAUCAGUAUUCCGGCAGCACCCCCAGCUUGAACUUAACCAAUCAAGAAGAUACUGAUGAAUCCUCUGAGGAAGAAGCCCUGACUGCAAGUCAGAUAUUAUCGCGAUCGCAAAUGCUAAUCAACGACUCAGCUGCUGAUGACCCAGCACUAGAUCAUGGAGGAUUGUUACUCCAGUCUCAAGACUCCACUAGCAGCGUGGGAACAGAAGAGGUUCUUCAGCUCAGAGCAGAGAGUCCAAGCUUGGAUGUUUCCCCUCUAGAUAAUGCUAGCAAUCAGCUGCCUGAGGAUGACAGUUCGCCCAUGAAGGAUGAACAAGUUAGUACUGCAAGUGAAGACGCUGGGUUGUUUGUAUUGCAAGAGCAGCAGGAGCCCUUGAUUUGCCAAGAACCUCUGGAGUUGGAAGAACCGCCUGAAAUUCCAGAUCACCCAGCUACUGAGAGCUACUCGGGAUCAGUCUGUGAAGAUGAUGUUACCCUUGCUUUGAAGGAACUAGACGAAAGAUGUGAAGAAGAAGAAGCUGACUUUUCUGGUUUGUCUAGUCAAGAUGAAGAGCAAGAUGGCUUUCAGGAAGCACAGGCAUCCCCUCCGCCUUCGCCUUUUCUUUCUGCCAUACUGGCAGCGUUCCAGCCAGCAUCAUAUGAUGAUGAAGAGGAAGCUUGGCGUUGCCAUGUUAAUCAGAUGCUGUCAGACACAGAUGGAUCCUGUGCUGUUUAUACCUUUCACGUGUUCUCUCGGUUGUUUCAGACCAUUCAAAGGAAAUUUGGUGCUAUUACACACGAAUCUGUCAGUUUUCUUGGUGAGAAUCUACAGCGAAUUGGAAAAAAAUUUAAAAGUUCACUUGAAGUGAUGAUGAUGUGUUCAGAAUGCCCAACAGUCUUCGUAGAUGCUGAAACGUUGAUGUCUUAUGGAUUACUGGAAACACUGAAGUUCAGUGUUCUUGAGCUCCAAGAACAUCUGGAUACUUACAAUGCUAAAAGAGAAGCCGCAGAGCAGUGGUUAAAAGACUGCAAAAGGACGUUUGGUACAGACGAUGGCAUUCAUGGAGCCGCCACAGAUGCACAGCAUUUGGGAAUUCUGAGAAUGCUAACUUUGAGCUUCUUGUCUUUCAACUUCCUGUUGGAAUCUAUCUAG